AUGAGUAGUGAACAGAAGAACAAUUUUAUAACCUCUAUAGUUGAAUUAUCCUCAAAAGAAUAACUAAGUGAUGGGAAUUAAGACUAAUAAUAAGGUGCUUAGCCUACUGAAAUAUAAGAAUCUAUUAAAUGCUAAAAUCCAGGAUCCUAUUUAGAUGAAUUUACUUCAAAAAAUUCUAUAGACAGAAUCUUAAAAUUGAAGCUAAAGGGUAUCAAAACUCGAUUUAGAACUAAUGUAAAUAUUAUGACUAUUGACAUUCAAAAAAGGAAGCUUCAGUUAUUGAGCUAAAGUAUUAAUAUGUUUUUGUAUGUACCUAUUUUUAAUGAUCUUAUUCGAUUCAAACAAUAAUUCUACUUUAUCUAAAUUUUUAAUAUCUUUUAAAGUUUUCUUUAAAAUAAAAUGUAAUUAUUAUUUAUUAAUUUGAAUAUAAAUAUACUUUAAUUAAAACUUCAUCAAUUUACUUUAUUUUUGAUGCUAAAAAUUCCUUUGAAAGUCUUCUUUUUUGUACAUUAAUAAUUUAAUUGUGAUUAUAAAAUAUUUAAUUAUUUAUUAUAACUUUGA